UGAAGUUACCCUCCUAUAAAGGCCAGUCCCCUCAACUAAGUCUCAGAAGGUAUUUUGCUGACUUGAUUGCCAUUGUGAGCAAUCGCUUCACACUCUGCCCUUCUGCCCGACAUCUUGCUGUCUAUUUGCUGGACCUAUUUAUGGAUCGGUAUGACAUCUCUAUCCAGCAGCUUCAUUUAGUUGCACUUUCCUGUCUGCUUCUGGCAAGUAAAUUUGAAGAAAAAGAAGAUAGUGUGCCUAAGCUAGAGCAGCUCAACAGCCUGGGUUGUAUGACUAAUAUGAAUCUAGUAUUGACAAAACAAAAUUUGCUACAUAUGGAACUAUUAUUAUUAGAAACUUUUCAGUGGAACCUCUGCCUUCCAACAGCUGCCCAUUUCAUCGAGUAUUAUCUCUCUGAAGCAGUACACGAAACAGAUCUUCAUGAUGGCUGGCCAAUGAUUUGCCUGGAAAAAACUAAACUCUACAUGGCCAAGUAUGCAGAUUACUUCCUAGAAGUAUCUUUGCAAGAUUAUGCCUUUCUAAAUUAUGCACCUUCUUUAGUAGCUGCUGCAUGUGUGGCUUCUUCAAGGAUUAUACUUCGUCUUUCUCCAACGUGGCCUACAAGACUUCAUCGUCUUACUGCUUACUCCUGGGAUUUCUUAGUGCAGUGCAUUGAACGGCUAUUGAUUGCUCAUGAUAAUGAUGUGAAAGAAGCAAACAAACAAAGAGGACAAGCAGUACCUCAGCCAGCACAACUAAGUGUGUUCCAGACAACCUCCCAGCCCUCGCGGUCAGUUCACUUUCAACAACCUCAGUAUCUCCAUCAGACGCAUCAGACCUCACUGCAGUAUCGCCAUCCUGUAUCAGAGCAACCAAGCUGUCAGCAGAUUGUAUCUACUACACACACCUCAUCUUACACACUACAGACAUGUCCUGCUGGGUUCCAGACUAGUGUUCAGGGCCUUGGGCAUGUGCAGACUGGUGUUGGGAUGUCACUGGCAAUACCAGUGGAAGUUAAGCCCUGUCUAAAUGUUUCUUAUAACCGGAGUUAUCAGCUAAAUGAACAUUUCCCUUGCAUUACUCCAUGUUUUGAAAGGUGAUUUUGUGUGAUGGUAAUGGUAACACCUGAUCCAGACUGUUUUGUGACUUGAAGCUGUGGGCCAGCUUUUUGUAAACUUCUCUAAAGGGAUUCAAAUUGCAUCAGAACUCUUCAAAUAGCAGCACCAGGAAGACUGAAUAUUCCUUUGAAUGCACCAUGAAUACUGGGAGGACUAAGCACACACUUUAACAGUAUGUAUGUCAAAUUCUGUUAAAUAGCUACAUGACAAAAGUUUUAAGCCCCUGCUGAUGGUCCAAGUAUUUCAAAAAUAUUCAAUACAACAAAAUUUGAACAGUUUCUAUCCAUUUUGCUGUUUUGAGAGUUGACCUGUGGUGGGCUCUGCGCCUAAUGUUGGCUUAUAUUGUCAGAGAUUAAUAGUUGUCUGUGUACUUGCCAAACAGUCUUUUUAUGAAGGAAAGUUACAGUAUUAAUUUUUGAAGAGGUCCUUUUUUUUUUAUUCUGCAGUUUUGAGUUAUAUUCUUGUUCUACAAGUGAUUUUUUGACUUAAGUUUAAACUCAUGAAUUGCCAUACCGAUCUGUACAGUAAAAAUAAAUGUUUUAGAUGAUUCUAUAUAACUUCCUAUCACAAGAGAGUAUAGGUACCUGGAUUUAUGUACUAAAAUUAAGGAUGAAGUAGAUCUCUUAAAAUCAUGGCCAUAAAUUGUUGGUUUUUUUCCCUAAGUGACCAACCUCAAAUCUUUAGAAUUAAAACACAUUUAUCUCAGGGAAUUUGUACUACUUGGAAACACUUAACUGUAAUGCAACAUGUUUUGGGAAUGUUAUAGUAUGAGCUACCUUUAUAACAUAGGUUAAAAUACUCCUGCUAGGAUGUAUUUUCAAAUGAGAACAUAAUUGUAGCUUAGAAUGAAUGAAAUGGUGGUUUCUAUCCUUCAUAAUACAUAUAUAGAUUUUGCAUUUCUCAGUGCAAUGAUUUAUACUCAGAUUUGAUUUUACUCUAAAGAAGUUUUUUCAAGGGAAGGCAUAACUGUAAAAUGUCAAUACUAGAAUAAAGUUUUGUAGGUUUCUUUUUAAGUGAAUGUGGCCAGGGUAGUUCUCAGGUUGUGCUAGAGCAGCACUUUGUUACAUGGAAGACAGGUUUUAUAAGCAAUCUUUGUGUCCAGCUAGUCAGUAUAAGCAGGCAAGAGUGUUGAUUACUAAACUUCAGUAGCCAUUUUCAAUAGAUUGGCCCCAGAAACUGCCCUGGGACUUUUCACUAUACUGGUAAUGAGUGAAAACAGCAAUAAUAAGUCAUUACAGCAAGGGCAAUUUGAGGGUAAUGAGUUUGAAGGGAGUAAACAUAAAAAGAAAAAUCAUUGUAAUAACUGAAACUAUAUACAUUGUGCUCUUAUCUGUGGGAGAAGAGAGAUUUGGUGGAGGGAAGCUUUCUGAUUUAAAAAUUAGUAAGGUUUGUCUUUUUGUGGUUUUUUUUUGUUUUUUUUAAGAUAGCACUUGAAUAGAAGGGAAACUGCAUGGCAGGUAGGCGACCGCCACAAUAUGCAUUGAAGACAAACUUAUAAAGAUGUGGGUAUGCAGCAGGAGUCUCAGUAAACAAGCCAAAUGGCUUCUGUUAGGAAGGGAAGGGACUCAAAAACUGAUCCAGAUGGCUCCAGUGGAUAAGUGUGGGUAGGUGGCUUCUGCCAGUGUGAAUUCUUAGAGAAUGUCCUUUCCUUAAAACAGAGGUAACUUUUAUAAUUAGAGUACAUAGGGCAUGAUGUGGAUUUAUUAGUCUGGUAGAUAAAAAUAAAAAAUUAAAAACCACUCAGGUAAGAACACUUACAUGGCAGUUUUCAAGCAUGAAAAUUGUUUUCUGAAAGUAUCAUCAUUUUUCCUCUUUAUAGAAGGCUGCUAAUUGAAUUUUGGUAGUUCUUACCUCAAGAGAACUUGAAUUAUUUGGGGGAAAGUGGGUUCAUUAGAAUAUAUCUUUCGUAUUCACAUUCAGAACCCAGCAACCUGGAGUCCAAUUUUCAGUGUUUUAACUACCUCAGUAAUACUAUGAAUGUAAGAUACUGGGAUAGAGAUCCCAACUUGAAACAACAACUGGUGCCUAUCAUAAUUUAAUGUAUUGUCAAAUGCUUUUAUUGAUUGGUUUAAAUGUCAUUCUUGUUAUAGAAUAUGCCUUUUUAAAAAGCUUAUAAUAACCCACUCCCAGUUUAUAUUUAAAAAAGCUAAAGAACACUGGAUUACUUUGGGGGCGGGGGUAGAAUAAAAUAAUUGGUUAUUAUUGCUGCAUACCCAGGGUAGGGUGGGAUGGGGUUGUUGGAGAACCAGAACUAUUUUUAAAACAUUAGAUUUCAGUAUGAAUUCAAGUCACAACUGCUAGCUUUGGGAGGUGUGGGUGGGGGGAGUUAUGUGGGUUUCGUUUUGUUUAACUUAUUGAUUAGUCAGUCUUUAAAGUAGGUCUUCUUUUUUUUUUUAUAUUACUGGACCAUCAUUAAAUGUGUACUGUGAAGAGAUUAAUGAUGUGUAUAAAGGGCUUUACCAAAGUCCACUAAAUAAACACUACUCAAAUACAGACUGCAAACCAAAUGUAUGUUAUAACAUUAAUGCAAAUGGCAAGUAUGGUGCUAAAGUCUACACCAGUGGAGUUAGAUGAGUGCUAUGCACUUAAUUUUAAAAUAAAACUAGUUUUCAAUAAAA